CUUAGAUCAUAUUAAAUAUUAACUAACUCAGUAAUUAAUACAUUAUUAGUGGAAACAAGUUACUUCUAUUAGUUGGAUAUAAGCAAAAGUACUUUGAAUAAAUGCACAUAAAUCAUUAUUACAGAAACGUGUCGUAUGUGGUUUGCAAUACACAUUAGAUACUAUAAAAAAAUGUAAUCUACUAUUCAAAGAUUUUUCACUAAGCGGAAUUCCUAUGGAAAAUUGAAAAUUAAUUUAUUUUUUAAUUUCUGUUAAAAAGGAUUUAUUACCAAAGUUUAUCUACAAAAUCUAAAUAUUUUAAUCUAAAUCAUUUGAUCAUGAUUCACUGUCCCCUUAUCUUAUUUCCAACCACUUAGAGCUUUGUUCAAUCGUUCAAGAGGAGUGUUCAACUAUUUGGCCGUUUCCUCGUGUAAGUCAGUAAUCCAGCAUUCUGACUAUCUUGAUUCUUACGCGACAAUGAAUUUGUUCCGCGUAAAAAGGAAAAUUAAUUUGCAGAACACAGUGGACCCGGUACAAUUACUUGUCAGUCAUUACACAUGCUUCCGUCUUAUUUUCUUGUUUUACCACAGAGCUAUAGCUCUUAUGGCGACAGAAAUAGCAGAGAACAAAAAUAGACGAACGUAGAUUUUAGGAGAGUUGACGAUGCCAGUAGCUUCGAGCGCUGCGAUACGUGUAGUUUCGCAGCGUGGACCAACAAAGUGUCAUGCACGCUUUCCUGCAAGUUUGGUUACAAAUAAAUUAACCAAUUGAUCUAUUUCGUUAACGUAAAGGAACACUACAUACUCACCGAUAUUCUAGUGAUUCAAUCUAAAAAAGAAGGGAAUUUUCGAGAACUUUUUCCUAUGUUUGAUGUUGCUGGACAAUUAGUAAACACAGAAGAAAUCGAAAGAAAUUUUCGGUAGAAGUUAUAGAGUUAGUAGUUAGUAGUUGAACUGGAGUAUCGCGAGCAUUGAAACCUGUUUGAAUUGAUUGUAAAGCUACGAUCGAGGAGAAAAUUCACUGAAAACACUCGGAAGAAUGUUGAACCAAUCGGAGAACAUAAUAAGCAAAUACUUCAGCUCUAGCUUCUGGGAGCUGAAGAACGCGAUCAGUCCGCCGGAUAUGAAAAAGUUUGCAGCCUUGAAGAAUAAUUCGGAAAGAAUUGAUUUCAUACUGAAGUAUCCGGAGAUUUAUAACUUAUCCUUAGAGGUAGACAAUCAGGUGCUGAAGAACAGCGAGAAAGCUCGUCAACUCAAGGACCUCGGUAACAAAUACUUUGGCCGCGGCGAAUUCCGAAAGGCUCUGGAAUUAUACUCGAACGCUGUUCUGCUGGCACCUCAGGAAGAAUCAGGUGUCAUGCUAGCAAAUCGCUCAGCGACACUUUAUCAUCUAGAACAAUACAAUUACGCUUUGUCUGAUACUGAAGAAGCUAUAAGAGUUGGUUAUCCAAAAGAAUUGUUUUACAAAGUCGAAGAAAGACGAGCCAGAUGUUUGCUUGCUUUGAAAAGGCAUGGUGAAGCUGUACAAUCUUUUCAAAGCGCUCUAAGAGCACUGGACGAUGCAAAAUUGCCUUCAGAAAAGAAACAAAAGCUCCAAGCGGACAUCAGAGUUAUGCUUGUUGUGAUGGAAAAGGGCAAUCAAGCUGCGAAAACAAACACAAAAGUGACACAGAAACGACAAAAGCAUAACGAAACUAAGAAACAAAUUCCAAAGAUACAGAAUUUCAAUCCUCUGUUUCCCGCGUGUAGCAAAGCAGUUGAAAUUAGAGACGAAGGUGGUGACGUGGGAAGACAUGCUGUUGCUACUAAGCAUAUAGAACCUGGUGAAAUACUAGUAGUAGAAAAACCACAUUGCGCGUUGCCAUUGGCUGAAUACAGGCUUACUCACUGUCACUUUUGUUUAUCAAGAAUAUUUGCACCGAUACCAGCUGCAUGUAAUGUAUGCAGCUGCGUAGCAUAUUGCAGUAUCCGUUGUAGAAACAAGGAUGCAAAAGUGCAUCGGAAUGAAUGCGUAUUAUUGCCCACAUUGUGGGUUUCGAACACCUCUAUAACAUGCUUCCUAGCCUUAAGAACUAUCACGCAACAACCUUAUGAACAUCUGCUUAAACUUAAGGAUAAAGUGGAAGCUUGCAAAGGUAAAUUAUAUGUUUCGGCAGAGCAGCCUUAUCGAAGACAAGAUAUUGAAGCAUUCUGUUCAUUGGUAUCUCACGAAGAAGAAAGAACCACAGACGAUCUCCUUCAUAGAACCUACAUAGCUUUAUGGCUUCUCAGACUUUUAAAAAAGGGGCCAUACUUCCCAGAGGAUGUUAAAACUCCAGACACUGCAGGAACAAAACUUUCCGAAAGUGAAUUAUACAUAGGUGGUUUACUUUUAAACAGCUUAAUGAUAUUGCAAUUCAAUACUCACGAGAUAUCAGAAUUAACAACGUCGAAAAAUAAUAAAAGUUUGUCGAAAGCUAAAAGCAUGUUUAUUGGUGGCGGCUUGUAUCCCUCAGUGUCAUUGUUUAACCACUCAUGCAACCCUGGUAUUAUCAGAUAUUUUAUCGGCACUACGAUGGUCGUGCGAGCUAUUCGCUCAAUAUCACCGGGAGAAGAAAUCUCUGAAAAUUAUGGCCCAAUAUUUACAAGAACUCCUGAAGCUGAAAGAAAAAAGAUCCUAAAAUGGCAAUAUUGGUUUGAUUGCGAGUGUGAAGCAUGCACGGAACACUGGCCACUUCUGGAUGAUAUCGAUCCAACAAUUCUAAGGUUCAAGUGCGACAGUGGACUUGCAUGCAAAAAUGUUUUACCAGUAAAUACAAAUACAAACGAGUUUAUAAUCAAGUGCUCUAAAUGUGGCAAAAACACAAAUAUCUUAAAAGGAUUGAAAGCCUUACAGGACACUGAUGCGCUUUUUAAGAUGGCGUUGAAAAGAUUAAAUGAAGGGAACCACGCAGAUGCAUUAGAAACUUAUUUAAAAAUUUUAAAACUUCUCGAUGAGAGACUCGCUUUACCUAUAAAAGACUAUCAUAUUUGCCAGCAAGGUGCUCGGUUAUGUAUGCUUUCUUUAGGAAAUUCUGCUUACAUUUAAAACAUCAUUUAAGUAUCAACUAGUAAGGACCAUACUGAAGUGAGAACUUCCUGUUCAACAAAUACAUGUUAUGUAUUUCUCAGCGUUCCAUUUAUGCACACACUUAUGUCAGUUUUCCACUUUGGAAUGGUCCGCAAUAGAACCUAUAAUCCUUAAGAACUCGUAUGUCCUAAACCUUUGUAAUGUUAAAUAAGUACGCAUAAUCAGGCAACAGUAAGGGAAUGAUAAAUGAAAAAGACUGAUGCGUCACUACUUUAAUAAAUUUAUUACUAAGAUAGUAAAUUGCUAUUUUUCAAUAGGAAAGCCAAAAAAUAAUACGAUACACUUUUAUUUUAGAGUCUUAGAUUCGUAAGAGUACAAAAUAAUUAAUACAACAUAAAACGACCGUCUUCUGCUUCCGUAACUUUUCCACACCAAAAAACGUCUUUGUCCCGAAUCUGCAUCAAUCUUCUCCCGUCAGUUAAGCACUCACCGUUAUGUUGAUCAUCGUUAAUUAUUCUCAAUUGUAACCGAAUCUCUCUUAUCGCACUCGUACACUUUAAAGCAAUGAGCACAUUUCGUAAGAGAUACAAAACACUCGCUAACUCGCGUCACGAAAAGGAAUCUUAUAUGCGUGUAUAUUGCAUCUAUGUGUAGGUACGCGUACGUCGAACGUGAUUGUGUAAAUGUGUUUAUACGCGCACAAAUGUGUGUACCGGUGGUUUCAUAAUAAUAAUAAUAAUAAUAAUAAUAAUAAUAAUAAUAAUAUUAAUAAUAAUAAUAAUCUUAUAAUAUUACGCACGUAGGUGACAUUUUAUGCGUGUACAAAAUUAACAGAUUAAAUUGUAAAUGUUGCGUACGUGUUCGUUUUCACAUUUUAUGAAAUGUUUUACUCAUUAUCAUUGCUUCGUCCGAGUAUACACGCGUGGUAACGAUUAUUUUUUGUGUUUUUCUUUAUGUACAUAUAAAAUUGGUUUUCUUUUGUCUUCCAUCCAGCACAUUUAGUCGGUCCAUUCUCUCGAACACUUUUAGCACCUAACUGCAAGUAAAUAGAGAAUACACUUAGAUAAACAUUCAUUUGAUUCUCGGUUUUUAAUGUCACUACCCCGUUGCUUUACACUGCGACCCGAAAUUUUAAUAGUAGAUGAAUUCCAUAAAGAACAGGUCCCGACAUAGCUAUUUAAAUCUAUCAAUAUCACAGGUCGAUGUUCACAGUUUAAAAGAAAAAGAAAAAGAAUAACUGCUUUUUUCAUUCUUUUCAACGAUCUUACACCGCAUGACGAAGAGAAUUUCAUUCUUGUUGAGCUAUACAAAAGUAAUGCGACGGCUUUCUUUCUGUUAUUCUGUUCAGGCAAAAUCUAGUUUUUGUUUCCGGAAUACUUCGGUUCGUUAAUUAAGUAUAUCAAUACCGUCUGUCACGGGAAUCCGAACGAGAACGACGAUCUCGGCUACGGCUGCGAGUCAGUGAUCUCCUGCGAGGGCUACGGGAUCUUGACCUAAAAUAUUAAAAGCAAAUUUUAUACCACUUUUACUGAUAUUACAAAACGGUUCAUUAAUGUACAACUCCCCACUUCGUCUCAAAAUUUCUGAAUGAAAUUCCAUGUUAGUGAACUUUAAUAUUGUUUUGCCUAUUUAGUGGAAAUACUGUAUAAACUCGAAUAAAAAAAAAGAAAAAGAUGCAAUGUCAAGUACAUUAUAAAGUGAAACAUGAGACGAAACAGAACGUCGCACGUUAAACACAUAGGUACAAAAAUGAUCGCAAGGCAAUCAUAAUAGAAUUAGGACAGGCUAAUUCCUAUUUGCCUAAGGGGUGAUAAAACUAGUUAGACACAAUAAUUAAUACAAAAUGACAUCUCACCAAUAAUGAGAAACCAAUAAACGAAAAUAGGAUUAAUUUGGUUAAAUUAAAUCUUUACAAUUAACCGUUCAAUAUAUGUAUAUGUAUAUAUAUAUAUGUAUAUAUACCACUAUAUAGGCCAUAUAUAAAUAUAUAUUAAUAAAUACAUAUUAUGUCUCAAGCGACAGUUCCCUGGUCCAAUACAUAAAAUCAUUCAUUACAUAUCAAUCUUUCAUAUUAAAUGUUUUACAUUCCUCUCAACGAUCUGUUGAAUAAACAUAAUGCUACUUCGAUGAAACGUUGUUAUUGGGCCCCAGAG